CGAUACAUACACACCUACACCCCACCCCAUCCCAUCCCCGCCAUGCCCGACGUCAACACAAUCUCACCCCCUCCCCACGCCUCGCCCUCGCCUCGCACCCAGUCGCCCUCGAGCUCGCGCUCUCCCCACUCGCUCGCUGCCACGGCUGCCUUGAAUGCCGGCAUCCACAGCCAGGAUUCGCGCUCGCCCUCGUCGGGUGACAUACGCAGAGAUGCAGAGCGUGCCCGUCGCCGCUCCAGCAUCCGCAUGAACCUCAACCUCAACGAUCCCGCCCUACCUGCCCCCGGCGAGAUGCAGCAAAGCCCUUCAGCUCGCGCCAGAGGCACCGGCACCUGGCCACACAGCCCCCACCACGAGCGCGCCCCUAGCCUGGGGGAGCUGCACCAGGAGCUUGAGGCUGAGCAGGAGGGCCAGGUCAACCGCCUCCUCAAUAUGAUUCGCGCCCAGCAGGCCCAGAUAAACAGCCUCCAAGCCAACCAGCACCCCUCGUCCGCCUCUGCUGUUGUCGACGACGGCACCCCAACCUCGGAGCGUUCCAUGUCCAUCCCCGCCUCGCACUCGCACUCGCAGCACAUGUCGCCGCUGCCCUCGGCCGCCCAGCCCCGCUCCCGUUCGCCCUUUGGCCUGGGUUCUAUCAGCCGCCAGUCGUCGUUUGCAGACCGCUCACGCCACAGCAGUCAUGCGGGCUCUCCCGCCCUGCGGCCCAUAUCCGGCCAAGCCGGCUCCUACGACCCCCACGACAUGCUUCCCAGCCCUGCAGCCGCUAGAGAUGAAAGUGCUUUUUACCAGGCAGAGACCCAGAAUCUGACUCGCGAGAACCAGAUGCUCAAGCAGCGCAUACGAGAACUAGAGCGCCAGCUAGCAGAACAAAACCCUACCAGCCAAACCACCCACUCGCCCUCUGUCCACUCUAGUCUUGCCCCAACCCCUAAUCGCCAGGCCGACAAUGGUGAUGAUGGCACCCAGGAUGCCCAGCCCUCGGCCACUGCAGAGUAAUUUUGGGUCUUUUUUGUUAUAUCUUUUUUUCCUACGGGCGUCAGGUUGGGUUUCUCCUCUCAUGACAUGAUUAUGACGGUGGCGGCGGUUGCAUGGUAAUGGCGUUGAAGUGGUUUUGAGAAGAAAAAAACAGUGACUCCUAGUCAUCGUUCUUUUUUUCGGUAAUUUGCAGUACGACCAAUGGCUUGUGGCUGAAUUCGUCACGUUAAUUGACUAUUUUGGUUUUCGCAUGUGUGGUUCCGACAUGACUGUACUUUUGGUCUGGGAUUAAUUGUUUGCUUACCCCAUUGCACAGCAACAACCUUGCGAGAACCAGAACAAAAUGACAAUAAUCAUGAG